GUUGCUGUGAAGAAACGAAACCGAAACUAUACUCCCUGCCUUUGGUUUCGAUUUAAAAUAAUCGCCGCUUUGGCUGCAGAGAGAUGCAGUCUACGACAACAGUUGCUGCUGAUGGAGUCUGAUCAUGGAUGAGAUUGACCCUGGUGAGGAAAAUGUGAACUUCGUCUUGGCCCAGGAAUCCUCAGAACUGUUCCACGUCCUUAGCAGCCAGUCACCUGCAGUCAUAAUGGACUUGUGUCAAAUGAUGCCCAGUGGUGUUGGGUGGAAUGUUGACUAUCUGGCCCUCAGUAGCUCAUCAGCAGAAUUAACAGAACUCAUCAAAGCCAUGUUGGAGUACUUAAGGGUGGCCAACCCUGCAGAGUGCCGUAGCUUCCUUCAAAGCAUGUGCAUGUUGUGUGAAAAUAUCCCCAUGCGCCUGGAGGCAAGACUUAUGUCAGUGGCUGGAUAUGCAAACCACGUUUGUGACAGUUCCAGACCCAGUGCAGCGAAUGAGGAGUUGCUAUCACCGCCUUCAGAGCAACAGCUGAUCAAACGCCCACGGAUCGACCACUGGGAACAGUACAUUGCUGCAGUGAAGAGUUUACUGCUGAAGAGGUGGGAGCGACUGAGUGAUGGCCUGGUGAAGGAGGUCCAGCUAGAGAAUGUAUGGGUCGGCCUAAGAAUGGCAAGCAGAGUCAGGGACAGACCGGAUCAGACCCCUGGGCCAGCAGACAGAGGCAGCAGAACUCCAGAGCCUGAUGGGGAUUUUGGGUCUUUGGAGUCCAAAGUGACAUUGGAGACCUUCCUCCAAGGAUGCACAGGAAAGGUGACAGUUGUCAUUGGCCAGGCUGGAUCAGGGAAAACUCUGCUGAUGUCUUGUUUAGGACAGCAGUGGGCACGUGGUCUUGGCCCCAUCCCUUCAUCAUACCUGUUUAUCCUGCUAGAGUUUCGUCAGCUCAACCUACUGUCCGGCCCUCUCUCCCUGUCUGAGCUGCUAUUCCGACACUACCUCCCUCCAAACGGGGGUGACGACCAAAAGAGAGCCAUUGUGGAUUACCUCCUUUCAAAUCCAGAGCAAAGCUGUUGGGUGCUGGAUGGCUAUGAUGAGUUUUACAGCAAACUCACCAAACAAGAGGUGAAGCAAGAACCGUUGGACCCAGAAAACCCUCUGCCGGUUGCGGACCUCAUCUCAGGGUUAUUGAAUCGUCAGCUUCUCCCAGGUUGCACUGUGCUGAUCACCUGCCGCGUGCGUGAUGUUUUGGAUUUGGAGGGGAUGUCAGAUAAAGUGGGGCAGCUGCUGGGAUGGGACUAUCAUGAAAUCAAGGAGUAUGUGGACAACUUCUUUGGAGUGAAAGGUGACUCUGCAAACAGAGCUCUUGGGGUGCAGGCAGUGGAUCUCCUUCUUUCCAGCAGACACCUCCUUGCCAUGUCAUACCUCCCUGCCCUCUGCGACAUCUGCUGCGUCUGUCUGAAACAUCUGUUGCUGGAAGAUAAAAAGGGAGGACCAAAAGAACAAUCCAGAGAAGAAGACAGAGGAAGUGAGACAAGACCAAAAGCAACAGAAAAAGAACUAAAAGGAGUACAGAUUGCAGGGGGAAGAGCAGGAGGGAGUGAAGGCAUAAAGACAGAUGGAACAAAUGGCAGAGCCCAUCUACCUCCCACACUAAUCCAGAUACCCUCCACUCUUACCCAGGUCUACCUCACUGUUCUCAUUGCAUUUCUGAGGCGUGACCAUGAUAGGGGAAAAAUUGACAAGACCACAAAACAUCCUAAGAGGCUGAUCGCUCUGAGUCAGUAUCGAUCUGAGUUAUGUAAACUAAGUCAACUGGCCUGGAGAGGUUUAGAGGAAAGCAAGAUCCUCUUCUUGAAAGAAGAUAUUCCUCAGGACGUUUUGGAGUUUUCAGUCAGGACGGGACUGUUCUCACAGGUGGAGGUCAGACUUGAGGAUGGGAUGCUUGUCAAUGCCUACUGUUUCACUCAUCUGACCAUACAGGAAUUUUUGGCUGCAAUCAGAAUCAUGACCAGUAGUGAUGUUAGUGACAUGCAGCUCAAGAAGAGAUUCAGUCUGAAAACUCGUUGGACGACCAAGUCAGACCAGAGGACAGUCUUCACUGACUCUCUGCACUUAUAUGUAUGUGGUCUGGCUUCCCAGCACUGCACUCCAGCCUUAGUUCAAUUAGCUGGGGCUUCUGGUGGAGCGAGAGUCCAAAGUUGGGUCCAAAAACGGCAGGGCCUUGUUCUGAAACUGCUAAACAACCUGUGCCACAGCAACACCCUGACUGGACCCAAGAUACUUGAGCUUUGCCAUUGUGUCCAGGAGAGCCAGGACCGCCAACUGGCCAGGGAGGUUGUGGCUCUCAGACCCAUCCUGGAGCUGCGCAACAUCCGCCUACUGCCUAAUGAUAUUGAUGCUCUGGCUUUUGUAGUCAACUCAGUAGGUGAUAAUGGCAGGACUGGGCUGGACAUUGGAGCAUGCACAAUGGAGCUGGAGUGUUUAGAUGUCCUGCCCAGGUGUCAGUACAUUAACUACCUCAGUUUUCGCAGCCGCAAGUAUGGUGACAAGUUUGCUGAGAGGUUAUCCUCCAUUUUGCCUGAAUUCACUACCCUGAGAAAACUAGAGUUUUGUGGUGCCACUCUGACUGCCACAGGAGCAGCUAGUUUGGCUUCUGCUCUGGAGAAGUGUCCAGACAUCACUGAAAUCAAUCUAAGUGACAACAAUCUGAAAGACGAAGGGAUCAAACACGUAGCCGACAUCUUCACCAAACUACCAAGCCUGGUCUCUGUGAUGGUGAGUCGAAACAGCAGCUCGCUGGAAGCGGUGGACUAUCUCAUUGGGAAAAUGUCUUCAUGUUCGAACAUCCAACAUAUUCAUGCAGAUGCGAUGAAAGAAGUGACAGUAAGUUUCUCCCAAACCUCGGACGUGAAAAGCAGGUCUGAACCAACAAUCAGCUUGUUGAACCAGAAAUGGAACAAGCCUGAAAUGCAAAAAGUUGCAAAUUCAUUGGCAUGUUGCCCUGCCCUGUCUGUCCUGGAUUUAUCUGGAGGCCAGUGGGAUGUGGAAAUUCUGAAGACACUGACUCAGUUUUUGCCAAAGUUCAAUGUCACCAACAAGAUCGUUCUCAAUGACAGCUGCUCUUCAGUUGAGGGCUUGGUGGUUCUGACUGCUCUGCUGUCUGAUUGCCCUGCAGCGGUGGAGCUAAACAUCAGACUACAGUCUAGUCCAGAUCCUGUUCAGGUGUCUAUCAUGUUCUCUGGAGAGAGAGAAAAGUCUGCAGAUGAAGCAUCUAAAACACUCUGUCUCAGUUGCUGUGGUCUGCUGCACACUGAUCUGGUGAGAGUGUGGAAGAGCUUGGGGACCUCCUGUGAUCUCACUGUGCUGGAUUUGUCCAGAAACUGUUUAGGCAACAAAGGUCUGAGGAAGUUGUUGGAUGUCCUGCCGCAACUUAGGAACAUCCAGGAAAUCAAUGCCAGUAACAAUGGCUUCAGCAUGGAAGGAGUGGUGAUGCUGGCCGGUGCUUUGUGCUCCUGUAACAGCUUAAGAGAAAUUGACAUCAGUGAUGGAGGGAGAGAGAAGGUGAUCCUGAAGUUCUGCUCUGACAAAAGUGAUGACAAACAGCAGCUCAAGAUGUUCAGGAUUAACAACAGCAGUCUCCUGCCAUCUGAUAUAACCCUGCUAUGUAGGCGACUGGCCCAGUGUCACUCCCAUUUGGAGUUGGAUUUGUCUCACAGCUCAAUGAAAGACGAGGCCAUCGAGAAUCUUCUCAAAGUCAUACCAAAGAUGGUAUCGCUGCAGCGGCUCAAUUUCAGCAACAGCACCUUCUCCACAGCAGGGGCACUGAUUUUGGUCAGCUGUUUGACGGUCAGUCAGCGAGCCAGAUCAGUAGAGCUCAGGCCUCAGAGUGAAUGCUUCAUCCACUUUGACAGAGUGAAAGCAGAAGAAGCCAGCUGCAGGUUAACUCAUUUUAGCCUCGACAGUGACAACAUGGAGAGACUGAUUCAGACCCUGCUGCAGGGCCCUCAAUUCUCUAACCUGGAUUUAUCAAGUAACCAACUGAAAGAUGAAGGAGUGAAGCGUCUCAUGGAUUCUCUACCAAGGCUUAAAAUCACCAGCUUUGUCAAUCUGAGCAACAAUAGCCUGACCCAGCAGGGGCUGUUGGACGUGGCCAGCGCACUGUGUACCUGUGAUGACGUCUCUGGUGUAGAAGUCAGUCUGGGAGCAGAGAAGAGGUGUCUUAUCUGGUUCAGACAAUAUGGAGGCUGUGAAAAAACUCUGAGUGUCAGAGAGAGUAGUUUGGAACGUGAACAUCUGGUCAGAAUCGCAGAGAUCGUGUUUAACUGUCCCAGUCUGACCAAACUGGAGUUCAAGAACAAUUCAUUGCAGUCAGAGUGGAUUGAAGACUUUGUGAAAGCGUUGCACAUCGGUCAGAGGGGAUGCAGUGUCAGUAUUGAAGAGUCUUGGAUCAGAGCUGAAAAAGCUAUUAGUUUAGUGCGUUGCUGUCUCGAGCUCAGCAGCAACAUUCAAACUAUCAGGGUGCACCGCUCAACACUACACCUGUCUCUGAUGAAAUCCACUGGACUGACUUCAGACAGUAACUUCGCCGAUCCAGCUCCGUCAGUGGCUACAGAGAAAAUAGGCCUUUUGAACUGUGAACUACAGGGGAACCACCUUUCACUGAUGAGGAGCAUAAUCCAGAGAUGUCCUUUACUGACAGAGCUGGAUUUUUCCCACAAUACCCUGGGUGUAGAGGGAGCCGAGUGUCUCUGUUCGCUUCUGCCCUCGCUGCCAAAACUCACCUCCCUCAGCAUUGUUUCCAAAGAGAUGUGUGAAACUGUGGUGGAGACGCUCUCAGAGGCCUUGCUGCAGUCUUUAACUGUUCAGUCCCUUAAUCUGUCAGGUCACAUGAUUAGUGACACCGCAGCUGAGAAUAUGACCAGAAUGUUUCCCUGUUUACAGUCGCUCAAUCUGUCUCAUUGUGUAUGGUCUGUGGCUGGAGGGCUGCAGCUGGUCAAAGCACUGGGACAGUGCGUUCAUCUGGAAGUCCUUUGUCUGGACGGUGUGGACCUGGGUGAAAGCAGCAGAGUGUCUCUGGCAGAGGCACUAAGGAAUAUCCACUCUAUACGCAGUCUCAAGCUAAAUAAUAUAGUGACAGAAGCCAGCAGUGUGUUGGAUCUCCUAGCUGCUAUGGAAGGACUGACACGAAUGGAGGAGAUAGAGUUGGAGUGCUGGCAAAUGGCUGAUAGUGGAGUAGAGGAGCUGACCAGACUCCUUCCUAUCUGGACAGAGCUCAGGAAGAUCAGUCUUUCAAAGAACGUGAUCAGCGACACAUCAGGAGACAAGCUGCUGGCGGCCUUGAUCAGCUGUAGUCAUCUGGAGGAGCUAUAUCUGUGCGGGAACCGUCUUGGUGAUCUCACUGCUGCCAGGAUGGCCCUUGUUCUACCAGCAAUGACACACAUCACAGUGCUAGAUAUUUCAGAGAACACUGUUGGAUAUGAAGGAUCAGUGAGUCUCUCUAAAGCAAUAAUGUGCAUGAAGAACCUCACUAGGAUUCAACUGACCUCUGUUGGGACUUCAGAGCUGUGUGCUGUAGCUGCAAGUCUGGCCCACUGUCCUCUCAUACAGGAUGUAGGUCUGGGAUGGAAUAAUUGUGGUGAUGAAGUGGCGCUGGAGCUGGCCAGAGUUUUGCCUCUCUGUCCACAGCUGACCAGAAUAGAUCUGGAGUGCAACAGUGUCAGUGUUUUAGGAGUGGAGGCUCUGGUUAGAGCCUUACAGUCAUGUCCUGCGCUUCAGCUCAUCAGGCUGUGGAGGAACAAAGUAUCUUCCAGUGAAGCCCAGAGGCUGAGUCUGAGGGACAGCAGGCUGAAUUUCUCAUCCACCUAAAGAUAGUAGCACUGGUUCUCAGGGGUAGUAUUCCACUUCAUCAGCAUCUGCAGGGGUGAAUCGCUGCUUUAGCACAACAUUCCUCUUGCCACAAAUGGAGUGAAAUUUUUAACGCCAAACUUUGUGAUUAAAAACCUUUGAUCAGCUGUGCAUCCAAUGAGGCAGGAGCUGGUGUCUCUAACGGUGUGAAUGGUGAAGAGACCACUAUGUGGUAUAUGCAGUGUUGUGAGUAUAUGGAAGAGUUGGCUUUUGGAUUUUGUAAUCUUAAGACAAAAGUCUCUGUUGUUGAAUGUGUGACUAUGCACUUAAUGGCCUCUAGGGUCUCAGCAGUAAAUUGACCUAAGCAGCUGACAGCAUGGCCCUGAUCCUUCACUCUGGUGGUGACACUGUUUAUAUUGAUAACGUAACACACCCACACUUGGUGUGUAUUUCUUUCUGUGUAAACCUCACCAUUGCAUCCUGCAUGGGUAAAAGAAUCAACAUAAAGUCAGCAAAUAAGGCUGAGGCAUGUCUUGGCUGCUUUUUAAUUAGUUUGGUUAAAUAGGCCACUUAAGAAGCAAGAUACUAAUUUGAGGUUGUAUGAGAGAUGUUUUCUUAUUUUGAGGAUGAUGCAGCGAGUGUUUUUGUCCAGGACAUGUUGGCAACGCACGCUGCUGUGAAACUAGAGGCCGUGGUUUAAAGGAUUGCUUGAUUUCUAAUAAGCUUUCCUGUGAGAGCUUUCCUUAGUAUAUAUAAGCAGACUCUUAUGUACUGAGUCACUUUGCACUGUUACUGUGUUUACAAUAAUUAGAGGCCACAUCGGUGAAAACACAAUAAUACAUGAACUCGCAGUAAAAGAUCUGACAAAUGAUCAUUUUAGGUUGUGGUCUCUGUCCAAUUUGCGUAUUUAUUUAUGCUGAUAUUAUGGAAAGGAACUGUCUUUUUAUUGAAAGGUAUUUAUCAAAUUCUAAUUUAAACUGAGUUCAAACUUUUACAGAAGUAAAUUGUAGACGUUGGACUGUGUAUAUUUCAUGUCUAAAAGCAUGUGCCACACACUAGGUAACAAUCACAGGUAUCACUACUGAUACUUAUUUAGUUUCUUAGUGCACUGAUAAUGUAAUAAUGAUGCUCCCAGUUCUGAAACUAGAACACCUUAUACCUUAUACCUUUCCUGUGCAUUGCUGUGUAUUCCAGGUCAUUCAGUUUCAUUAUAGUCUCUGUAGAGACACUGGAUGACGAGACGUCCUGACGCACCUUAUUUGUUAAAACUUGUUUUGCUUUUCAUAGAGAUUUGAGUUCUAAUGUAAGAAAUUGCCUGUAUGCUUGACAUUCUCUCAUUUUUUUUUCUGGUUUGCACUGAAAUGUUAACUGAGAAUUAAAAAAGACCAUCUUGAGUUUUCA